CUGGCCUCUCAUUCUCCUUAAGCAUAAGACAGCAACAAGCGACAGAGCCCCUUAGCGGCCACCAAUAAUCACUUUCUCUAUGCUUCUCUAGUCUCUACUAGCUAGCAAGUUCCUCUUACUAGGCAGCAAGCUAAAGUUGGUGUGGAGGUAGCUAGGAUGGGAGGGAAGUCGCCCUUCUCCUUCUUCUGCCCGAUAUUCAGCUUCCUGUCGAGGUCGAGUUCGAGCUCGAGGUACGACGACGGCUACAUGAGCGAUUGGGAGGGCCGGCCGAGGUGCGGGAGCAAGGUGCGGUCCAGCGACGAGGACUCCGGCUGGUGGGUCGGCGAGCGCGACGUCGACCGCAAGGCCGCCGACUACAUCAACGACUUCCACCAGAAAAAGGCACCACCAACACCUAGCUACUCCUAGGUAGCAUGCAACACUCGAUCAUGCAACCGUGUACCAGGAGACCAGGGCAUGAAGGUUCUUGAAUGGUUCCUCUUGUUAUCAUGCAUGUUCAGUUGUGUGGAUUUAGAGGAGGUACGAAUAAUUUUUGCUUGGCAGAUGUAGAUCUCUGUGUUCGUGUGUGUGCGUGUGGGGUGGGGGGAUCACAGGGAUGCGUCACAGAUGUAUUUGUUGUUUGCUGCCAAAUUAAGCGAUGAUCAUGAAUGUAUAGUGUGUUUC